AUGCUAGAAUGCGACUUAUAUCAUUUUUUAAAUAAUUUUUUUUAAUUCCUCAGUCAAAUUUUAUAUUUUUUAAAAAUAAAAUAUUCCACUCUUGUGUAAGAACAUGGGAAGAGGGCUAAAAGUGAGAAUCUAAUAUCUGCAAAGUGGGAUAUACCUUUUAUCCAUCAAUCCUUCCUUUGAGUUUGUUCCCUGCGCUUGUAUUCUCUUUUUAUUCUUCGGAAUUUGUGAUCCUUUUUCCAACUCUCUCCCUGUGGGUUGUGUCCAUUUGCUUAAAUAUUCUUUUGUGACCAUUCUCAUGCACGAGCAAGCAAAGGGUUCUGGCCAGAAAUAGGGAAUAUAUAUAAUCUCCCUCUGUCUCUCUCUCAAGAAGAUUAUCCAAUCCUGAACUGAAGUCUCAGGAAAUAUAAAAGAGGGGUGGAGGCCAUACUUUGCUUGUAGUUCUGAUGGCAGUGCCUAGCAGCAAUAUAGCAACCAUCCUCGAAUCUCAAGGAGUUGAGUUCCUGUUAUCUGGUGACAGAAAGGUCCCCUUGUCAUCAUGUUAUGGGAAGACAGUGUGCCUCUUCUUCUCAGCAAAUUGGUGUAGGCCUUGCAAGGCUCUUACCCCUCAGCUGGUGAGGCUUUAUGAUGUGCUUAAAAUGGAAGGUAAAGAAAUUGAGAUUAUCUUUGUCUCCUUCGACCGCGAUGAGGAAAAAUUUAAUGAACACUUCAAGUGCAUGCCAUGGCUGACAAUCCCAUUUUAUGCAAACCUGCAUAAACGAUUGAGUGACCUGUACCACGUCGAUCGCAUCCCAUCACUCAUUUCAUUAAGUUCAGAUGGAAUAUCAGUUGAGGAAGACUUGGUUGGACUGAUUGAAGACUAUGGAGCUGAGGCAUUUCCAUUCACUAAGAAGAGAAGAGAAGAACUAAAGGCUGCUGACGAAGCGAAGCGCGAAGGGGGAAAACUAGAAGAGCUUUUGGCUCAUCAAGGACGAAACUAUGUCAUGUCUAGUGAUGGUAGAGAGGUAUCAGUGUCCAAACUUAUUGGUAAGACCAUAGGCCUUUACUUUGGUGCACAUUGGAGCCCUCCUUGCCGCGCCUUCACUUCCAAACUUAUAGAAGUAUACAACGAGCUCAUCGCCUCCAGUGAUCAAGACUUCGAAAUCAUUCUAGUCUCCACAGACCGAGACCUCAAAGAGUUCGAGCUCAACAUAAGCUGCAUGCCAUGGCUUGCCAUCCCAUACCAAGAUAAAACAAGACAAGACCUUUGCAGAAUUUUCGACAUUAAAGUGAUUCCGGCUUUGGUUCUGAUUGGACCAGAUGGGAAGGCUAUUAGCACAAAUGGGAAGGCCAUGAUCUCCUUGUAUGGUGCCAAGGCCUUCCCAUUUACAGAGUUCAGGAUCAAAGUGCUGGAGGCAGCUUUGAGAAAAGAAGGAGAGGCAUUGCCUCCUCAAGUGAAGGACAUAAAGCAUGACCAUUUGCUGAAGUUGGACAUGGCCAAAGCAUAUGUAUGUGAUUAUUGCAAGAAGCAGGGGAGGUUCUGGGCAUUCUCUUGUGGUGUGUGUGAUUAUGAUCUUCAUCCGACUUGUGUAGAAAAGUCAUUUUAAGAAAAAGUUUAUUGAAUUGUGAGAGGUGUGAGUGUAAGUAAUUGAAUAUUGAAAUUUGGCUAUGCUGAAGUUAUUGUAAAACGUUGAUAAGAUAUCCUUAUCAACAAAGAUUUA